UGUCAAACCACAAAAAUGAGUCAGGCUUAAAAUCAUGAAAUUCGCCACCGGCCCAUACCAGUCGCUAAACGACGUCAAACAAGUUAACAUGCUAACGUUAACACCAGCGUUCAGUCUGUUGGGAAGCGUUGUGCUGGCGAGUCGAAUUAUAAUGAGUUCAGGAACAGGUCAAAAUGGCUGGGGUAAUACGGGGGCCAGUUCAUGGUCAUCGUCAAGUUCGAGUGGCGCACCCGGACAACCACCCCAAAACGAUUUCAGUUACAGCUAUGGCGGUGUAGAUGCCAAUGGUGUGCCCUAUGGUGGCUAUGGCGGUAAUGGAGGAUUCCACAUCAAUGUAAAUGAUGCCCAGGGUCGUAGCCAUACCUAUAGUGGUGGUAAUCCCACAGGUUUCGCGGGAGGUCCAGGUUUUAAUGGAGUUCCACCCCAACCGGGCCAACCUGGUUAUCCGGGCCCCUUCAGUUACUCCACCUCCAAUACGCAAUAUAAUCGUGGACCUGAUGGCCGUCCCUAUGGAAACUCUUCCUCAUCCUCUGCCUGGUCUUCGGCCUCAGCCUGGAGUACUUUCUAUGUGAUUGCCCUGUUCUCCCACUAUGUUAUGAUGAAGUUUUGAAAAUUUUUUGAAUGUUACUGUGAUAAAUUGUUGAUUUUUGUGAAAAUAUAAAAUAAAUGUUCGAAAUUCCAA